AUGGUUAAACCAGGCAGUGACAUAGAAAGGCUAUUGCCCAUCCAUAUCGCCUCGCUUGAGUGCUUGAACUGUGCACAUGUCCAUACUACUAAGGAGACAAGCGGAUUAGGAGGUACAGAGGUAUUGGGCGCGGGCCAUGAGGAUGGUGAUCAUGUCUACUUUGAUGAGAAAAAUGACGUAGAUGAUGAUGAGCACGAGGAUUCAGUAGAAGAAACACCGAAGGAGCCAGUGAAGGGAACACCGAGUAAAGAGGAUAAUGAGCUCCCUGAAGAUGAUAGGAAGAGUAAAGCCAACGAUCAGCCUAUUGAGAAGAAGCCUGCGAGUGACCCUUUGAGUUUGAGGAUGCUCGAUGACGAAGCAGAGGCCGGGGAAAGACAGUCGAAUUUGCUGUCACUAGCAGGCAGCUUCAUUAACCGGGCCUACAUGCGGCUCGGCUUUUUGGGAAUAUUACGCUCAUAUGAACUGCAGAUUGAAAAGCAAUUGAACGUACUCAAUGCUGUGACGGAGCAGAUCAUAGCUCAAGGGAAGGCUUGGAUGGAUGAGCUCAAGACCUUCCCGGAGAUGCAGAACGAAGUUAUCGCUCGCCACAAGGAUUCUCUCGAAAAUGUUAGGGAGAGAUUCGAGCGGGUUAUGCCGAGAUCUGGGAGUGAAGCCGUUCCUGAUGAAAAAACUGAUGAGGCUACUGAGGAAGGGGACACACAGGAUAUGCCUGGGCACGACAUGGAUGUGGACGAAGAUGAGUGA